UCUGAGACCGCCGCGUGACCCCGGAAGCAAUCUGUGGGUUCGGGACGGCAAGAUGGCGGUGCGGACCGCGUUCGGGGCUGUAUACCGGCGCCUCUGGCAGGGCUUGGGAAAUUUUUCUGCAAACUGUUCUAAGAGCUGUACAGCCAAAAAUGGUGGCUUUCUUCUCAGUACCAAUAUGAAGUGGGUUCAGUUUUCAAACCUGCAUAUUGAUGUUCCUAAGGAUUUGACCAAACCUAUGAUAACCGUUUCUGAUGAACCAGACACAUUAUAUAAGCGCCUGUCAAUUUUAGUAAAAGGCCAUGAUAAGGCUGUAUUGGACAGUUAUGAAUAUUUUGCCAUGCUUGCUGCUAAAGAACUUGGUAUCUCUAUUAAAGUACAUGAACCUCCAAGGAAAAUAGAGCGAUUUACUCUUCUCAAGUCAGUGCAUAUUUUCAAGAAGCACAGAGUUCAGUAUGAAAUGAGAACACUGUAUAGAUGUUUAGAGCUAGAACAUCUAACUGGGAGUACAGCAGAUGUUUACUUGGAAUACAUCCAGCGAAACUUACCUGAAGGGGUUGCCAUGGAAGUAACAAAGACACGAUUGGAACAGUUACCAGAAUACAUCAAGGAGCCAAUCUGGGAAACAGUUUCAAAUGAGGAAAAACAAGAAAGCAAGUCAUGACACUUCGGGGAAACCACUUGUGCCUGAAUUUUAAAUGAGGGUGGGAGGGAUGUGUGUGUGUUAGUGGAAGGAAAGUGCUUCCAACUGAGAUGAUGGGAGUCCCCCUGCCUGUUGUGAAGUCCUCAUGCCCUAAUCAGCUGAGAACAGGCAGUGGAACUUGAAUGACAGGCUAGACUGUGGGGAAAGCAUCAUCUCUCUGUCCUUUAAUAUGUGGCGUUGUUUUCUGAUUUUAACAAACACAAGCAAACCAUUUUGACUUCUAUGAACCAAAAGAGCCAAAUGUAUAUUUUGUUAUGCUGCUGUUGUUCAGUUAUUAGUUUAUACCGGUUUUAAUAUAUAUCAUCAGUCCCUUCAUCUGAAAAUAAGUGUUUGAAGUAUUCCUCACAAACAUUUUUUUUCUUUCGAGUUUUCUAGAAGAACCCUUUGGCUAAUUCAACAUUGAGCAGCUAACGUUUUUGAUACUUACCUUGGUGUAGGCUGGCAUGUGCUAAUUUAGGGGUGAUAACCAACAAAUUUUUCCUCAUUUAAACAUUACAUUUUGGAAAGUGAAUAUACUUUGCUGCAGAUCAAGCACAUAUGUGACAUUCGUUGAACUCUCUUCUGGUAGCCCAAACCCUCACAGAGCUGGCCAGGUCACUGUAAUGGGAUUUAUGCUCUAAGAAACUCCUACUGUAUUAUCUUAUUCUGUGAUCCAUCUAUUCAGUAAGCUUUUAUUCCAUAAGUUUUGCACCCAGCGCUGUAGUCAGUACCAGCAAUUGAAUAGAAAUAAUGGCUUUGGAAGAUUGUACAAAGCACAGAAAAAUAUUUUUCUUUAUUAAGUUCCUCACUGAUAAGAAGUCCUCUUUUGUAAAUGUCACUCUCCGUGUGUGGAGAUGUCUACUUCUCCAUGAAAUCAAAUAGCAGUUAAAGCCCUGAAGCCUCUGGUAGAGCAGCCCCAGGGGAAUGCCUCAGUUUCUUUUCACUGCAGAGUCAGUCUUUGAGGCCUCCUUCACAUCUCUGGAGUUGUUAUGGCUUCUGGGUAUUUCCCCUUACACUGGAUUGCCUGCUCUCUUUUCCCGGUCUGCUAUCAGGUAUCAGCCUGUUGAAUACAUACUACUUAUGUAUCAGACUUACAUUACUGUCAUUACCAUGAAAAGAAUUGCAGCCUUGUGCCCAUGGCCU